UAAACAUAAUAACAUAUAUUAAUACAUAGAAAAUAGUGUUGUUACUGAACUACAACUACCUUAUGUAAAUAUGCCUUGGUUGUAUUAAUUGUUCCAUUUGUACAAAAAUUUAAACGUGAAGUGAAAAGUUCAACAGAAUUUAAAAUUGCCAACAUGAAGUCUAUGUCUGCUGCUGAAGUUCGUAAUUGUUACUUGGACUUUUUUAAGGAAAAAGGCCAUAUAUAUGUCCAUUCUUCGAGUACAAUUCCUUUAGAUGAUCCGACAUUGCUUUUUGCGAAUGCCGGCAUGAAUCAGUUCAAACCUAUAUUUUUGGGAACUGCAGACCCAAAUAGUGAUAUGUCAAAAUGGAAACGUGUAGCCAAUACCCAAAAAUGUAUUCGCGCCGGCGGAAAACAUAACGAUCUGGAUGAUGUUGGUAAAGAUGUGUACCAUCACACUUUUUUCGAAAUGUUAGGAAACUGGUCCUUUGGAGAUUAUUUCAAAAAGGAAAUUUGUUCCUGGGCAUGGGAGUUUUUAACUGAACGUUUGGGACUUCCUAAAGAUCGUCUUUAUGUAACAUACUUUGGAGGUGACGAAUCAAGUGGACUAGAACCUGAUUUGGAAUGCAAGCAGCUAUGGUUAGAUCUUGGUCUUAAACCAGAACACGUACUUCCAGGUAAUAUGAAGGACAAUUUUUGGGAAAUGGGUGAGACUGGACCUUGUGGUCCAUGCUCUGAGUUACAUUUCGACCGCAUUGGAGAAAGAAGCGUUCCAGAACUUGUAAAUAUGGAUGACCCGGAUGUUCUUGAAAUUUGGAAUUUGGUUUUUAUACAAUUUAAUCGAGAGCAAGAUGGAUCUUUAAAACCCUUACCCAAAAAACACAUUGAUUGCGGCAUGGGAUUUGAGCGACUUGUUUCCGUUAUACAAGACAAACGUUCAAACUAUGACACAGAUAUUUUUAUGCCAUUAUUUGAAGCAAUUCAAUCAGGAACUGGCUGUCAACCUUAUAAAGGUAGAAUUGGCGAAGAAGACGUAGGCGGAAUCGAUAUGGCUUAUCGAGUUUUGGCUGAUCAUGCUAGAACCAUAACUAUUGCUUUGGCUGAUGGUGGAACUCCUGAUAAUACUGGACGUGGUUAUGUGUUACGUCGUAUACUAAGAAGAGCAGUAAGAUAUGCCACAGAAAAACUCAAUGCCAAACCUGGAUUUUUUGCAACUCUCGUACAUACAGUAGUAAAGUUAUUGGGAGAUGCUUUUCCUGAAGUGGCAAAAGAUCCUCAACAUAUAAUCGAUGUUAUAAAUGAAGAAGAACAACAAUUUUUAAAGACGUUAACUAGAGGUCGCAACUUGCUGAAUCGUACUAUUGCAAAAUUAGGAGAUAACAAUAUAAUUCCUGGAGAUGUGACAUGGCGUUUGUACGACACCUAUGGUUUCCCUGUUGAUUUAACUCAGCUAAUGGCGGAAGAAAGAGGUUUAAAAAUCGACAUGGAUGGAUACGAAAAAUCUAAACACAAUUCAUAUAUUCUUUCACAAGGAAAGAGCGCAAAUAAAAUUGAUGAAAUUAACCUUGACGUACAUGCAAUUUCGGAACUCAAGGAAAAACAAAUUCCAGUCACAGACGAUUCAUUUAAAUACAAGUACGAGAGCGUUUCUGAUCAUAGAGAAUCGGAAUAUAUAUUUGCUCCGUGUAGCGCAAAAAUUGUUGCGAUACGAUAUGAAAAUACAUUUGUUGAGAAUAUUGCUUCUGGUCAAAAAGCUGGUCUGGUUUUAGAUAAAACCAAUUUUUAUGCGGAAAGUGGUGGUCAAAUAUUUGAUCAGGGCGUACUCGUGAAAAUCGAUGAUGAGGCAAAUGAGUUUCUUAUAGAUCGAGUUUACAAUAGAGGAGGAUAUAUUCUCCAUAUAGGUGUUGUAGAGGGUAAUCUUUCCGUUGGCGAUGAAGUAAAUUUACACAUUGAUACAGUUCGUCGUUCAUUAACAAUGAAGAAUCAUUCAGCAACUCAUGCACUCAAUCAUUGUUUAUUACAAGUUUUAGGAAAGGACACUGAACAAAAGGGCUCUCUUGUAGUUCCAGAAAAAUUACGCUUCGAUUUUAACUAUAAAUCGGGAAUGACUAUAGAGCAAGUCGCUAAAACGGAACAACUUCUCAAAGAUAUAGUUUACAAAAACGUUCCUAUAUAUGCAAAAGAAUCUAAACUGUCUGUGGCAAAAAGCAUUAGAGGGCUCCGUUCAGUUUUCGAUGAAGUUUAUCCAGAUCCUGUACGAGUAAUAUCAUUUGGUGUACCUGUCGAAGAAUUAGAACAAAAUCCUGACUCUGAUGUGGGGGAAAAAACAUCGGUUGAAUUUUGCGGUGGUACUCAUCUCAGACGUUCGGGUCAUAUUGUGGAUGUUGUCAUAAGUAGUGAAGAAGCUAUAGCUAAAGGUAUACGUCGCAUCGUUGCUCUAACUGGUCCCGAAGCUUUAAAAGCCAUUAAAAAAGAAGAAUUAUUUGCAAAAGAAAUAAUGAAACUUAGCGAAAAAAUAACAAAUGAUUCUAAAAACUCUAAAUUCUAUGUCAAACAAAUUGUUGACUUAAGUGAAGAGAUUGCUCAUGCCAAUAUUUCUCAUGUUAAAAAAGAUGAGAUGAGAAAUUGCCUUAAAAAUCUUAAAAAGAAAUUAGAUGAUAAAGAACGUGCUUUAAAAAAUGCCGUAGCAGUAACAGUAGUAGAAAAAGCUAAAGAACUAUGCAUAAGCAAUCCAAACAUACCUAUUAUAGUAGAGCUGCUUGAAGCUUAUAAUAAUACUAAGGCGCUAGACGCCGCUCUUAAACAAGUUCGUUCUUUAAACCCUGACACGUCUGCAAUGUUUGUUUCAGUAGACGCAGAUUCCAAAAAAAUUUUCUGUUUGACUUCCGUCCCUAAAAGUGCUAUCGAAAAAGGUCUGAAAGCUAACGAAUGGGUGCAACACAUCUCGGUUGCCAUUAAUGGCAAAGGUGGUGGUAAACCAGAAUCAGCCCAAGCAUCCGGCUCAAACUACGAAAAUGUUACUGAAGUUCUCAAAAUGGCUAACGAAUUUGCUAGCUUAAAGCUAAAUAAUUAAAAAAUCUUAAGACUCAAUUUUUUUUUCUAAAAAAUUAAACCACAUAAUUAUCAUUAAAAACUCAUUUUGCAUUUGGUUUUUCCUUGUAUUUAUUAUUAAUAAUUAUUUUGCUAUUAAACAUCUUUUUAUAUACAUACUAUGUA